AUGGAUGCUCCGGGGAGGAUCUCAUGGAGCCCUUCGUCGUCAAAGAAUAACAGGGAGUUUGAGACGGCUAUCAAGAAGAUCGCGAAGCUCGCAUCGGGGAACCUAGACCAACCUUACCUCGCGUGUACCUACACAGAAGGGAAAUUUCGCGCUGAUCUGUCAGGUAUUGGCAAUUCUGAUAAUUUUGCCAAGGUGGCGGCGAACAACGAGAUACAAGGCCUAUGUCAGACGAUGAUCGACGUUUGUCAGAAGGGCCUCGAUCACCCACCUGGUGGUUUGCCGAUACAAGAUAUCAUGGACUAUGAGAGUGACUUGAUCGAAUGUGCCAAAACCGUAUACAUGAUAGAGGGAAAAUGGGCCCUCAAUAUUAACCGCCUCUCGCCGUUAACCUUUGGUGGUGCUUCUCUGUUGAACGGAGAUGAAGUUAUUAUCAAAGUGGAAUCAGGUGACGAGAAAGAAUGUCUAUUCAAGCUGUUCAAAAUGCUUUGUGAAAAUGGCCUAGAGCCCCCCACCGAGGGGUUGGAAAAAAAAGAGCUUCGCGCUGACCUAGACCAAAGUUGA